AGUGACCCCAAGUUCAAGGUAGUGACACGCGUGUAAGCAAAUGAGUUCACAAACUGUGCUCGGUCACAUUACGUGCAAUAUCCAUCGUACCGACACCGAUCCUCACCUGUAGCUGAUCUGCAGACGACGCAACACGUACUUCAACAUGGCACGUGCAAUGGCUCAGUGUUUCCGGACCAUCCAAAACCUGACGGUCGUCACGAUUGCCAAAAUGUCUCCCCACGUCAAGAAACACAGAAUGAGCUUUGUGAGUUUUGUGAUCGGAGGAACGGCCUACUACCAGCUGAGAGGCACCACUACGGCUUAUGCCAAGUCUGUGGAUAGCAAGAGUGAGCGACAAAUGUGGAUGGCGGAACCAAUCACAGAGAUGGACGAUCUACAGAAGAAUUCUGGUGACAUGAAAAUGAGGAUGGAGAAGAUGAUAAUGAGAAUACAGGGUGAAGUUUGUCGAGCUUUGGAGGAGGCAGAUGGAGAGAAGAAAUUCCUGGUGGAUAGAUGGAAGAGGAAAGAGGGAGGCGGUGGCAUCACUUGUGUCAUGCAGGACGCCACAGUGUUUGAGAAGGCUGGCGUUAAUAUCUCCGUCGUCCAUGGCAACCUCCCCCCUGGUGCCGUCCAACAGAUGAGAACAAGGGGUAAGAAGCUGGAAGGAACCUCACUCCCAUUCUUUGCUGCCGGCAUCAGUGCAGUGAUUCAUCCAAAAAAUCCCCAUAUUCCCACGAUCCACUUUAACUACCGGUACUUCGAGGUGGAGACCAAAGAUGGCAAACAGUGGUGGUAUGGCGGUGGAACGGAUCUCACACCCAACUUCCUGGUAGAAGAGGAUGUGAAAAACUUCCAUCAGACGUUGAAGUCCGCGUGCGACAAACACAACAAGGCGUACUACCCUCGCUUCAAGAAAUGGUGUGACGACUACUUCUUCAUCAAACACAGAGGUGAAUGUCGAGGUGUUGGGGGUAUUUUUUUUGACGAUGUGGAUGAGCCCAGUCAUGAGGAAGCCUUCAAAUUUGUCACAUCCUGUGCGGAAGCUGUGGUGCCGUCGUAUCUGCCAAUCGUCUUGAAACACAAACAUGAUGGCUACAGCUAUGAUGAAAGAAAAUGGCAGUUACUGAGGCGAGGCCGAUAUGUGGAGUUUAACUUGAUCUACGAUCGUGGCACCAAGUUUGGCCUAUACACACCCGGCGCCAGAUAUGAGAGCAUCCUCAUGUCCCUGCCAUUAAAUGCUAGGUGGGAGUACUGCCAUUCUCCCACUCCGGGGUCCCGCGAACAGCAGCUGAUGGACGUCCUCAAGAAGCCCCGUGAUUGGCUGUCAGCGUAGACACGUCCUGUCAUAUUUUGACCAUACCCACAAACGGAUAAAUGACAGCUGAAUGGAUGGAUGGAUGGAUGGAGAGACACACAAUUCUCAUAAUAUUCAUCAAUAUUUGUAUAUAUGUACGCCUAACAACACAGUCCAAAUAAUAACAUAGGAUUGGUUUGAUAUCAGUCAAUAUAAAACAUAAGUCAAUUUGUGUUUCAUUUUAUUUGCAUCCCUAAAAUUUGUUUCACAUCUGUAACUAGUCAUCAGAAAAACUUAUUAUAACAUAUAUUGAACAAAAUUAAUAGUUUUAUUUAUCCACCAGUGAGUGAUUGCUGUUUUAAUGCUGAAGUCAGCAAUAUUCUGGUUGUAACCAAGUGAAAUCCUGCGUCUUAUACACAUAAAAAAUGCAAAUGGACACAAAAGAAAUACAGAAUGCAUCGACUUUAAGGCAGAAAAUUUGUAUGCAUGUUUAGGAAUGAAUACUGCUCUUUCAUAAUUUGAUACCACGUAACGUUAAUUUCAGUAUGUUAUCAUUUAAAGAAGUCAAUACGGGGUGGUCAGGUAGCCUAGUGGUUAAAGCGUUCGCUCGUCACGCCGAAGACCCGGGUUCGAUUCUCGACAUGGGUACAAUGUGUGAAGACCAUUUCUGGUGUCCCUCGACGUGAUAUUGCUGGAAUAUUGCUAAAAGCGGCGUAAAGCCAUACUCACUCACUCACUCAUAAAAGAAGUCAAAAGCUUCAUGAUCUGGUGCUAGCACUCGUAGUUUAAGUGGAAUUUCAAAGCCAUUUUAAACCUUUGGCCUCUGUGUGUGCUUCAAGGCAUGGCAAAAUAACAAGAUUUGUGAAUGUUUUUCAGCAGAGCAAGUUCGAGUACAUCUGCAAAGCAUGAGUAAUACUUACAUAUGA